AUGCCUCAACUAGAAUUGGUUUUUAUUACCGCUGCCCUCGACAAGGGAUGGGUAGUCACCGUACCUGACCAUCUUGGUACGAAAUCUGCCUUUUUGGCUAAUCACCUAUCUGCACAAGCUACCCUCGACAACGUUCGAGCUGCACUAGCAUCCACCGAAUUCACAAGCAUCUCGAAAGAUGCUACUGUCACCUUAUGGGGUUAUUCUGGAGGUAGUUUAGCCAGUGGAUUUGCCGCUGAACUGCAGCCGACUUACGCCCCUGAGCUCAACAUUGCUGGAGUUGCACUUGGAGGAACCGUUCCACAGAUCCUCCCCGUGGUUUAUGCAGUGAAUAAGGGUAUCCAGGGGUUGGCAAAUGAGUAUCCAACUGCUGCCCAGCUGGUUGCUGAUAAUGUGCUGCCCUCUAAGGCCGCUGAGUUCAACAAAACAAAAAGUCUCUGCCUCAGUGGUGAUACAACCACUUAUUUCGGUCAGGAUAUGUUUUCAUACGUCAAAGAUCCAAACAUCUUUACCGAACCUACAGCCACUGCACUUUUGGGAGCCAAUGCCAUGGGUCAACAUCUGCCGAAGAUACCGCUGUACAUCUAUAAAUCCGCUGGAGACGAAAUAAGUCCGGUUAACGAUACUGACGCUCUUGUCGCGCAAUACUAUUGCUCUGGUGGAGCGAGUGUGCAAUGCAAGCGCGAUGAGCUAUCAGAGCAUGCAGCUAUGGCUAUUCUUGGUGCUCCUGAUGCAUUCAUGUGGUUGGAAGAUCGUAUGAAUGGGCGUCCUGUAGAACUUGGAUGUUCGCAAUCUACCGUUCUCACGAGCUUGACAGAUCCAGAUGCUCUGGCAGCUCUAGGAGCUGGUCUCGUAGAUGUUCUACUUUCUCUGCUUUCUGCGCCUGUUGGACCUAUCAUGAUUGGAUGA